AUGACAAUACCAUCUUCUGAAAAUCUACUCUCCAUGGCAAGUAAUAGAGAAUUGAAGAUGAAGGAUCCAGCAAAACAUGUUGAGGAGGUUUUGGUUGAAAAGCUUGCAGCGAACAUUUAUGUACUUAACAAACUGGAGAAGGUCUAUGGCCGGAUUAAAGAGAAAGAAAAUCUUGAAGAAGAGCUGAUCCUUGCACAAGAAAGGUUGGCUGAG